AUGAACGAGGAAGCGCUUCUCAAGGCUGCAGAAGACGGCAACUUGGCGGCCGUCCAAGCUUAUCUCGACAACAGCGUCGACGUCAACUGCACAGACAGUAGUGGUCAGACACCUUUGCACUUUGCUGCUUCCUCAGGUCGCUUGGAAAUCGUCCGCCUUUUGCUCAAGACGGGUGCGGCCAUCGACGUCCAAGCCAUCUAUGGUUUUACGCCAAUGCACUAUGCUGCUUGGCUGGGUCAAUUGGAGGUCGUCCGCUUUUUGCUUGCGAAGGGCGCGGCCAUCGACCUCAAAGACGAGGGUGGUGAAACACCAUUGCACCGUGCUGCUUCUUAUGGGCGUUUGGACGUCGUCCGCCUCUUGCUUGAAAAAGGCGCUGUCAUCGACGUCAAAACCAACAAUGGAGAGACCGCGCUGCAUCUCGCAGCUUCCAGCGGCCACGUAGCCAUCGUCACAACACUGCUCAACAAGGCAAAGGACGAGGACUAUAUCAACGCGACCAAUCACGCUGGCGAGUCGGCCCUUUUUGUCGCGGCGGCUCGCGGCCACGCGGACAUUGUUGAGGCGCUUCUUGGAGUCAAUGCUAGUACUCAUAAUGUGACCAAUGAGGAUUCAUCGCUGCUGCAUGCGGCCGCGAUCGGUGGCAAGAGAAACAUCCUCGACCACCUUCUUGCGUUUGACCUUGACGUGGCAGCGUGUGACAAGAUGGGACAAACAUCCCUGCAUGUCGCGGCCGCCAAGGGACAUGCGAGCGCUGUGCUGUCGCUUUUGAACGCCAACGCCAACGUUCUAGCGACGACAACGGCGGGUGUGACGCCGGUGACUCAAGCCAUCCAACGAGGUCAUCGACGUCUGGCGACGAUACUGCAGGCCGCUGCGCACAGCGCGAUUCCUGACGUGUUGGCGGCGAAAAUCGAGAUGGACACGUCAAGUCCAUUGGGGUCGGGCGGGUACGGCGCCGUAUACAAGGGCACGUACAAAGGCCAGACCGUCGCGAUCAAGACGGCUGCCAACGCCUCGUGUGGCCGAGCGCUUCUUUACGAGAUGGAGACCAUGCAACUGUGCGAUUCGCCGUACGUGCUUCAGCUGCUUGCGGUCUCGGGCGCCAACACAUCGAGCCCUAAGCUUGUGCUCGAGUACAUGGACGGCGGCGACCUGCGCAGCUACCUCGACGCCAAGCGCCGAGGUGAGCCCACCAAGGUCGACGUCUCGUCCCUUGAAGUGGCGUGGGUGCUGGCGAAUGCCCUCGCCGAUAUGCACCACAGCGGUCUCCUCCACCGCGACCUCAAGAGCCAAAACGUCCUUCUUUCCUCAACCAACUACAUCAAGCUCGCCGACCUCGGUAUUGCGCGCGAGUACGAGUCCAACAUGACGACCGCCAAGGGCACACCGUACUGGACAGCGCCUGAAGUCUUUGCUUCAGACAGCAAGUACAGCUUUGCCGCCGACAUUUACUCGUUUGGCGUCAUUUUGACCGAGCUCGACACGCUUCAGCUGCCUUUUCACGAUGUCAAGGAUCUUGGGUACUGGAGUAUUAUGGACCAAGUGCGUCUCGGCACGCGUCGUCCGACAAUGAGCGCCAACUGUCCGCCUUGGCUGCGUCAACUCGCCGACGCCUGUCUGUCGUUCGACCCGUCACUGCGUCCGUCGGCGCAGAUGCUUGUGACCUCCCUCCAGAAGCUUAUUGGUCGCAGCAAAAAAGAGCUGGCGAGCGAGCCCGAAGCCGAGCCCUCCAACCAAGGGAUCCGUCUCACGCACUCGACGCCCGAAAGCCUCGACGACGCCAACAAGCUACAAAGUCGCACGAGCUCGACCCUCCGCGACGCCUCAGCGACGACCACAACCUCGUCCACCGCGUCUGGGACGUCCACCGGAUCCACGACGUACUCGUCGUGGUCCAACUCGAGGCUCGUAAGCACCCGCGUCGCGUGCCAGCUCUGCCGCGCCUCCAACUCUCUGCUCGAGUCGCACUGCGAGGCCUGUAAGGGGCCAUUAGCUUCCGUUGCGUCCAAGCUCAAGGUCCUUUUGAAGCGUCUGGCUGUGGCCAAGAAGAACGGAUUCGAGAUCGACGACGGUCUGUGCGACGAAGAGCUUCCGGACGAUCAAGAGAAGCUGCGCAUCCUACUGCUGCGCAUCGAGCAAGCCACCAAGGCGUAG